GGUCCAUAAGAGGAGCCAGGAGAAGAGAAAAGUCCGUAGGCUGGUCGCUCGCGCUCGUAGCGUGUAGCCGCGGUACGCGCCGCGCAGCCUGUGUGUCCAUGGUGGAUUUCCUCGAGUGGAGGCAAAGUUUGAUUUUGUGGAGGGCGCACGCCCCGCUCCCAGCUGCAUAACCGACUGGCCUUUAAGCAGUCACGAACGAGCCUUCGCUCGUCGCAGCCGCAGGGAGGUACGAUUUUUCCUCGCGGCCGCUCUCUUCCCCUUUCCCUCGGUUUCUCCGUCGCAAUAGCCGCCACGGACUCGUCCCUGUACACGAAAUCGCGCGUGCAGUUUCAUUCACCGAUCAGUGCCAGUGACUACGUUCGUCGUGUUCGACCAUUUCACCCUGGACGAGGGAUUUCUAGGAGUGGAGGGCCAGGACCCAGGGCUGUCGCAAAAUCAAUUCCUCACGAUGAGUAAUCGCUGAAAGUGACAGAUAAUCAAACGAAGGUAAAAGAACCUUCACACAGAAUGUCGAGAAUAUUAAAGGGAGUUGAUGAACGCCCCAUGGACCCGGGGCUAAGACUCGGCACCACUUGAAUGCAAAAGAAAAAGUACAAAUGAGCAGGUCGCGGGAUGGGCAAAUCUUGGCUCUUGGUCCUGUUUCCUGCGACAAUGACGACAAUGACCAUGAUGGCGUACUUCACCGUAACAACGGCUACUCCUACUUCAGUGUCGUUUAUCUCUACUACAACCAAAACCGAUGCUCCCGACACAAAAAAGAUGGACAUCGAAGAAGCUCUGGACGUAAUAGAAGCGGCGUCAACUGGAUCAUUGGGUGACUAUUGCGCCACCACUGCUGGAUUUAAGUCUCUACCAGCUGCUGCAGCCCUCGAUCCACGACGUUACGACACCGCACGUCAGAAAGCCGACAUGACAGCUCUGAUGCUCCAAAAUUCGGGAACAAUGGGAGUAUUAAGGCAUAAUGUAUUUUUAGACGCCAUCGCGAAAUCUUUGCUGGUGUCGGUAAACGAUGCUGUGGAAACAAGGCUGAUAGCAUUAAACGCAUCCACGGGGACGGUCAUCAAUGCAAUAUGGUUGGAAAGAAGCCCGGGUAGCGUCGGUGAGCCCUCAAAGGUUGAGAACCACGAACUCCAGCCGGGGUCAACACCAGAUUCGAGUUUACCGUGGUUUGAGAAUGCUGGUACCUCUACGGAAUUGAGGGGUUGGUGGACCAUCCCGUAUUUCUCUUGCAAAAGUCAUCGCUGGUUGAUCUCCUACAGCGUUAAUAUCCUUCCGCUGGACGCUCGACAUGGGGUUCGAGAAUUCUUAAGCGUGGACAUUGAUAUAAGCGGGCUAGAGGUGAACCAAUGUGAAGGAUCAUCACAUCAAAAUGAAAAUGAGAUUCUCAACAAUCAAAUAGCAUCGUUUAAGGGUACUCACAAGUGUCACAACGAUACAACGCAGUGUGAAUAUCAGAGUGCAAAUAAUGUUGGCGUCGGUAGUAGGUGGACAAAGGGCGCGUAUGUCUGCAAAUGUCGGAAAGGCUUUUAUAGUCCAAGUCAACAUCGGUCUGGUUUUGAUGGAAUUCUCGUUGAAGCCGCUUGGAGAGAGAUGCAAGAAAAUGUAAGCGAUGCUUACGCAAAGGUGUUCCGCUGCUUACGUUGCGCGCCUGGAUGUACCAAGUGUAAAGGGCCUGAACCGUGUUUAGCUACUUACCAUUGGCCAUUUAGUACGCUCGUCCAAAACGAUUUAGGGUUCGGUAAUGCAGACCAUGUCAUAAACGCCGAGGACCCGGAGGAUGAUUUAGAAAAAAUCAACGUGAACAAGUUUGGUUUUUUCCAAACUCUUGAAAAUCCUGUUCCCCUUCCAGAAAAUAACGCCCAGGGCGUAAUGGAGGGGAGAAAACGAGGAAAUGGAGGGGAUUUCUGGCUCCAGAUUUUAAAGCCACAACAGCAUUCUCUUUUAUUGUAUCACAAUUUCAAAUAUACCCUUUACAAUUAUGAAGUGACUAAAUUAAAAAUGAAGUUUCAAAUGUUUUUUUUCCACAGAGUUUCCCUCACGUACCGUGUCAAAAGCGCACACAAAGUCAAACUCACCGACAAACAGUUGCUACAAUGGAUGGUUCCAAUAUUAUUAGUAAUGUUAAUUUAUCUUGGCACGUGGACACUAAGUGCACCACCGUACGCCGAGGUGAUAGCGGACAAGUAUGGUCUAAAAUUCUAUCAGUGUUCCUUUAAUUGGUGGGACCAUAGUUUAGCAAUCGGAGAGAUUAUGUUCCUUGCAUGGGGUAUUAAAGUAUGUUACAACGUCCGCAACGCAGAAAGUCUUUUCAACGAGGCCCGUUUAAUAAGCUACGCAAUCUACAACAUAGCAGCUGUGAAUAUAACCAUGAUCGCAAUUCACGUCUUCAUUUUCCCUCAUGCCGGGCCGGAUAUCAAGUAUCUGUUGGGAUUCUUACGUACACAACUUUCUACUUCCGUAACCAUAUUCCUUGUGUUUGGUCCCAAGGUAAUUCGAGUAUUGCGAGGUCAGGGAGAUCAAUGGGACAGCCGCGCGAGAGCGCGCGGAGUUACGGCAAGUUUUUCAUUAAAUGGAACAGGCUUGCUACCUGAAGAAACAACGGAUUUAAUUCAGGAGAAUGAAGAACUUAAGGAGGAAAUUCAGAAUUUAGCUGCACAAAUCGAGUACAUGAAGAUCGUGCAUAUGCAAAUGUACAAUCGCCACCUAAAACCGAAAGCUGGUGGCUACUUCAAUACUCAUGGCCAUGGACAUACUCAUCCGUCCUCGGCACAAAGUCCCAUCGCGAAAAGUUCGACAGCCAGUUUCAUAUUGAAACAGACAGCUGUGGAGCGAGGAGCGUCAGCGGCCGCAGCUGCCGCGGUCGAAGAUUCAACUUUUCCCUCUGGAAGCUUGCACAGAGUACGCAGAGUGGAAUUACUGAAGGAACGAAAAGCUGAAAGGGAAAGGGAACGUGAGAGGGGACGAGAAAAGGAACGAGAAAAAGAGAAAGAGAAAGAGAAAGAGAAGGAGAAAGAGAAAGGAAAAGAGAAAGGGAAGGAAAAAGCGAAAGAGAAAGAGAUAGAACAGGUGGAGAAAAAGGAUAAAGAGAAGGAGAAGGAAAAAGAAAAGGAAAAAGAGGAUAAGCAAGAGAAAGAAGAAACGGAGAAGAAAAAAGAAAAGGAGAUACAGAAAGAGAAGGAGAAGGAACAACUAAAGGAGAAGGAAAAAGAAGUUGAAAAAGAAAUGCAAGAGAAGGCACAGCAGGAAAAUGUAGUAAUGACUGGAGAAAAUGUCUGACUAGUGCUACAUAGUGAUGAGAUAUGGUUGUGACAAAUGCAGUGCACUAAGAAGAAUGGCAAAAUGAGAAAUAGAUGUGGUUGUGCAAAUAAAAAACACAAAAAAGGGCGGAAAUUCAAAUGGUACCCCUUAAUGGAUACGCGACGCGCAGUGUUUAUAUGAGCCGGUAUAGUUCAAUCAGUUAAUAGUAGAUAUUAAAAUAUUUCAUUUAUAUAAUUUGUUCGUGACUGCAAUGUUUUCUCGUAACAUUAUCGGAAAUUGUUUAUAUUAUACCAGAAGACACCAAAAUUAUUAUACGUAGUGAUUAAAAAAGUGUAACUUUUAAAGUUACACAUGUCAUUUUCCUUAUUCAUUUGUAUUGUUAUUAUUAUUAAAUAUUGCACUUUCAUGAACGUUACAGAAGACUAUCAAAAUUCCAAAGAUUCGUAUAUGUAAAGCCAUAAGUUAAAGAUCCUUUAUACAUUCCAUAAGCAACAAAAUAAUGUAUUAUUUAGUGAGAUAAAUUAUUCUUGUUAUAAUGUUGUUAUUUAAAGAAAUAAUUCAUAAAGCAAAAGAAAUUCUAACUGUAUUUGUGACGGUCAUUCAGUUGCAAUGAAUAUUUUAUUAUGACAACUCAAAAUAAAAGUAAUCUUAGGUUAUUAUGACUUUUGUCAUAUUUUCAUUUUAUUCAUGCUAUGAUGAACAGUAUUCUACGAUUCUUAUUUCAGUGCCAUCUCCAUAACACAUUUCUUUCGAAUUCUAAACCAAAGAAAUAAUUCUGUAUUUAUUUGAUACAAAAAAUAUUAUAAAUAACUUAUGAAGCCCUUCUACGCAAUUGUAAAUAGAAAAUUGCCAGUACUGUCUACGUUGGCACUUAAAACUAAUAAAAUUGUUUCAAUAUAAUGUAUAUUAACAAUAAUACCCCUAAUUUUCUUAUUGCAAUUGGCAGAUAUUAAAAAUUGCGUGGAACAUACCUGAAGUAACUCAAUCCUUGUGUCAAAUUCAUUUUACUUUAAACGAAAGGUCAUUAAUGUAAUUUAAAAAUUAUUUAUUAACUUAAUUUUGGAAAUAAGAGAUCUUUGUACGUUCAAAUUCUCUUAAUAUUCGUAUCAGCCAAAUGAAGUUUAAUUUCCGUUUUAUCUAUAAAUAAGUUAUUAAUAUUACGUGUAUACUCUUGUAAAAGCUAUGGUCGAAACAAUAUAAUUAAAUGCUCAUGUUAACUCUCAAUAUUAAUCAGUUUUAUCUGUUUAUGAAGAUUAUUCUUCAAAAGCUUUUAGUUGUGAAAAACAGCUCUUAUAUUUAUAAUGUAUAUUCUGUCUAAUAUUACUGUUAUUAAGCUUGAGAUUAAACAAUCAGAUUGAAGAAUUUUGAGAUAUAAUAUUAAAAACUGUGAAGAACUUGAAGCAUAAUUACAAUUAAUUUUCUAAUUUAAUAAUACAUUGUUUAAUAAUUGAAUUGAGUAAAACUUUAUAAACGAAUUGUUUCUAUAAAUAAAUAAAUUUUUCUAUUUUUUAUUUCAACACUAAGAGAAUAAAUGAUUUUGUUUCAACUGUAGCUGGUGUCGUGAUAUGUGUUCACAUUCGAAGAAAGCGUGACAUUGUUAUUGGACGGGGUAGCAAUUUUAUGACGGAUCAUAAGAUCCUCUCCCCACCGUAGAGAGCACUGACAAUAAGUUAUAAUAUCAUUUCGCAAGCAAUUGUAUCCUGCGUAUGCGAGCAUGCAUGAAUUUACGUCGACGAAUAAAACCAUAUCACAGUACGUAUUGAAUAAGAAUUGAAAUUAUCAAUUUCUAAUCGAUAGCGUCACUUAACCCUUUACUUGGCAAGUUUCGCGGAACGCAAUGGUCGCUUCGAGAUACCGUGACAGCGAACAAAUAAAAAAAAUGAACAUGAAACAGCAUGAACAAUGGUAUAACCGAAGAAUCAUCUAUAAUUCAUACUUGCACACGUUUCUUCUUUCACCAGAAGAAGUGGAACACCUGAAGUAUCAUGUAUGUUUUGUAUGCUACAAAAUAAAUUCUGUAACUUUAUGUAACGAAAAUAUAAAGAACUGAAAACAAACCUGAAAGUAUACGUCACGAUUAAAACGGAACAUAAAGGAACAGUAUAAAUUCAUGUUGUUUACAAGCAAUAUUUCCGACUAAAGGGUUAAAUAUUGUAUGCCGAAUAUAAAAUAAAAGAAUUUGAAGAACGAUUGCAGCAUUAGUAUCGGCGAAUUCGUCGAUGUUUCGAUACAUGUAUAAAUUAAGGGUGUAAGGAUUGCUCUGAGAGUGAACAGUUUUAUGUAUUGGCGCGCAAAUUCGUAGUAAAAUACCUUUUUUCCAUGAAUAAUAUAAAUCUCGGUUGUAUUUAAGAUUGGUCAUUUUUCGAUGAUUCCCGUGUGUUCAUUCUUUUCCGAUUUGAAAUGUGAUAAAACGAAUACUUGAAUUUAUUUUGACCUUCUAUCAGUAUUAAUUAUUCAGAAUGAAAAUAUACAAUACAAUGUCUAACCGAUUUCUGUUGAUUGCGUGGCAUACUAUACUUUGUAAAAUCAAAAAAAAAGCGUAGGUGUGAGACAGUUGAAAGUACACAAAGACUAAGAGAAAUCGUUGUAUCGCACAAAGUAUCGAUAAGUAACGAGCACGUAAAGCACUUUAUUAUAUGAUUGGACUGUAAAAUUACAUUGGAAAUAUGUCAUAACGGACUCGCAUUUUAUACGACAAUAAGAUACAAUCUAAGAUAUUUUCUCGUUACUAAUCAUCUGAGAAGCUCACGACUUGUCAUCACGCGAAUGAUUCGUUGGUUUGAAUUUGAAUCACUGAAAAUUCCGCAUGCUAAGUAAUAAUGCGUCUGUUAUUUGUUAAGUGCUCUUGUGUGUGACAAUUUUGACGCUGAAGAAGUUAUACAUCCGACUCACUAAUUGCAUGUUGUAUUCUAGUACAGACGAAUUGAUGAACUUUUUAUUACAUCAAUCUUCAGUUUGCUAGCCAGUGAAAGAAACAUUUGCUAAUACAGUUAUUUUAUAAUCUUAGACUUUUUGAAGCUAUGAGGCUUACACACUUAUUCUUAACAAAUGUUUCUCAUUAAUUUAUUUUUACUGAAGACUAAUUUAACAAUAAUUUUCAUUACACUUUGCCUUAUAUUGGGAGAGAAUAUGUUAGAACAAUUAUUAUACAUUUUGUUGUAAAAUAUUAUAGUUAGGUAAAUGGUAGAUCUGCGUAUUUUAAUUUAACGCGACGAUCACCUCUUCUUUACGUUUUGCCUUACAAUAUUGAAUUACCGGUUGCUAUGAUUUUAAAAAGUAUUCAAUAAAUAUGAAUAUUAUUCCUUUUAUAUAUUUUAUAAGAAUAUAUUAACAAUAAAGUAAACUCUGACGAGUCUAAGCAGUCUUUCUAAAUCUAAGAAUUAUAUAGUCAUUUUUGUUCGCAGUAACAUAAUUGAAACUACCAAUCUGUGAAAUACAUUGUGUAAAUUAUAUAUUCUAUCAUUUUUGUAAAAAUAUUCCAAACAAAGUAAAAUGAUUUUGUUGGAUAUACAUGCUGUACCUAUUUCAUUUUAAUGUAGAUAUGCUCUAUAAAUUGAAUUUUUUUAGUGAAAUGUUCAUAUCCUUUUGCAGAAAUUGAAAAAAAAGUAUUCAAUAUAAAAAUGAACAAAUUAUUAAACCGCUAUAGGAUCGAUAUCCAUAUUUACGUUAUACUACUUACUUAUUUUCUUCAAAGUUUAUUGAUUUUUCGAUUUUCUUGAAAAGAUAUUCUGCAUUUUAUUAAAAAUACUCUAAGUAAACAUGAAAUACUUAUAAACUCAUGUAACUAUUUAUUAUGAAAAGAAUCAUUGUAGCGUACAUAUUUUUCAAGAGUGCACAGUUUUUAAUUAUUUCAUAGUUUUUAAGUUUGUGAGGUGGUUGAUGUAAUAAAUGAAGUUCGAUGUCUCGGUUAAUGGUGAAAUGAACUUAUGAUGAUAUGCCAAAAAAUAGUUAAUUAAAUAGUUAUACAUUCGAGCGCGAAAAUUGCCACACGGUUGGGGUUAAUCGUUCAAAUAAUUAUAAAUACGUAUCGUGUUGAAAUACACGAGAUGUUCAACAGCAACGGUAUUUGUACGAGCCUGCCGAGCUUAAAACCAUGUAUAGAUAAAGAGCAAUGAUCGAAAGAGCGAUCAUUGAAUUGCGAAUGAAUGUAGACAGCGACUCUUUAACAUCACUUUAGGGGUUUACAUUUUCACUGUGGACGUGAUUACAAUAGGUAACUGACCGCGGCCAACACGUAUCGCUGUUUGUGUCUAAGGAUAUUAAUCGUAUAUAUCGUCAUUGUUGAUUAUAUGACUAACUCACGAGUAUCAUGCCAUGUUUGUAAUUAGGGCGUUCCUGUUGAAUACAAUCGAUUCAAUGGAAAAUGAUUUUUCUAUUUUCCUUCGACGGAGGUUGAUUUACGGAAUAUCCAUAACUGGUAACAGUGUUAUUCAGUUAUACUUUUUCAAUUUUUUGUAAAUGUUGUGUGUCUACACAUACAGGGACCCACAAAAAUAUUUGUACAGUAAAGACACUCUGAUAAAAAUAAUUCUACUUCGUAAACGAAUCAUUUUAUUGCAAUGAAUAUUGCAGAAUAUUUACACUAAGCGAUGUUUAGAUUCUGUAAUGUAUUCAGUAAUUUGAAUAGAAAUUCAUAAUAUUGUAAUAUUUGGAAUGGAUGAAUAUAUUCGUGCAGUAUAAAACCUGCUAAUAAAUAACAAAGAAAUACAAAAUGAAAUCUUUUAUUGCGAAACGAGUGAAUUUCCUUUUAUAAUUGGUUUGCUGUGAACUUUUAUUUAAAUUACUAGAUAAUGGAAUAUAAAAUUUAUUUCUUUAUAUUUCCGUGAGAUGAUUAUUAGUUUAAACUUGUAUUAUCCACUUAUAGAGUUGUCGAUUAUAUCUCCUUUAUAGUUUCUUCACUGUAUAAAUAUCUUUGUUUGCCCCUGUACUUAUCAUAAAAAUGUAUAUUGUCAAAUUGUGAUUAUAUACCUUAUUUGCAAAAGAAUUGUUAUACAAAUAUGAACAUAUCUUAUUUAAUGAAAAUCAACGUCACAUUAAUACUUUCAUGUAUUCUCAUCUUUUCUAAAUAUCUCUACUAAUAAACUAAAUGCAAAACAAAUCAACUAAUACUAAUACACUGUUUAAAUAUUCAUUUACAGAAUAUUAUCAAUUAUAAAAAAAAUAUUAUAAUGUUGUUUGGCUUCACUGACAUUCAUUAAACUGCUUUUCGUUUUAUGAUGAAUAUAUAAUGUCACCUUCAUUUAAUCUGAAAGUUAAUUAAUCUGUAUUAAUAACUUGUAAUCUCAUGUAACUAUCCAACAUUACAGUAAAAUUGUAAUAAUUCAAGGUGAAUUUAAUUUAUUUAUACUGAUUUGAUAAAAUUGAAUAUUAAGUAAAAUAAUUGAAAUUUAAUAUAAGAAUGAAAGUGUGUGAAACAAUUAUCAAUGGUGUCCAUACUAGAAACACAAUUCUUUUAAAAACAGUUGUCUGCAGGGGUUAAUUCGACGAAGGAAAAUAGAAAGAGAAACGUUAAUAUUGCGGAUUGUCUGGAUCGAGUUUAUCUCGAGAAGUAGGAGUAACCUGCAAUAUAACUGCGUCCGUAUACAAACUGGAAGUACGAGUAGUUUAAUGGUAGAACGACGUUAACCGAAACUACCCAAGUUGUUACCGCUUAAGAAGUUUAGGAUAAACAUAAGGCUAAAGGUGAGUCGGUUGAAUCGAUGAAAAGUUUUAAAAAUGGAACGAUCUGGAUGCCAAAUGCCAAAUUGGUAUAAAUACGAUUAAAUGACUUCGGAAAGAAGACUUUUUAAAGAAAUAACUUUCCAGAAGCGUUGAUAUCGUCAUAGGUAUUUAAUAAAUGGUGUGUUCAUAAAAUUCUACAAAUGGAAAAUGAUAACGCUCUACACCAGAGUUGUCAAACUGUUGGCUCGAAACCAUUUUCCCUCUUGGCCAGGUCAGCGAGAAGCGACCUCUUCAUAAUUUUUUUCCCUUCUUUAAUUGUUGCGAAAACACCACUACGAGCAGGCUAGUCACCCUUAUAAAUAAUAGACAAGUGUAAAUACAGUGCAGCUCCCACGUUCAUAGCAGUGACAACCCUGCCAAAAGUGCACAGGGGCAAAGGGAGGCGUCCACUCGUAGUGCUCGCCCCGGUAGUUAUCGCGCACAGUGGCUCGAAAUCGUCAAACACUAGACAUUCGGUAGAAACACAAUUUUCUGUUUCUGUACUGUUACAUUACAUUUCUAUGUAUACUAUUAUUAGAUACUAUUAUUAGAACAAAUAUGUAUUUGCAACGUAAAACCGUAUUUUACCUAUAAUUCAAUAAAUUUCAUUUGAAAUUUUUGAUAUUUAUGUAAAGUAAUUUUUAGAUUUUUGUUCGUAGAUAAAUACCUUUUGUCUACUAUUUAUUAUUCUGUUGUCAAAUGAAUGGAUAUUUGUUCUACAAUAACAGUAGAAGUAAAAAAGUAGUAUAACACUACAGAAACAAAAAAUUAUUUUUCGGUCAAAUGCCUAGUUUUUGACGAUUUCGACCCGCUGUGUGGCGGCUCAGUUUCCGCACAUCGUUAUUAUUGGCCGAGCCGCGUGGUGAAGAAAUCAGACGGAGCAGAAUGCAACGAAGUGAGAUGUACCGUCCGUUGCAGUGAACCUGGAACUCGUGACGUCAUAGAGGUGAAUACAGUCGCUCCGAGGAAUCCAAUUGCAAAUCCGGAAACGGUCUUUUACGCUCUUUGUCGCGCAACCCGAUUAGUAUGCGUAAGCGCCUCAACGAAUCAUAUACCAGAACCGAAAACCUAUGUGGGCAAGGCGUGCAAUUUCGAAUCUGACCACUCAGACGAGAGUGGCAGGUUUGCUGCAACAAACGGUAACGAAUAUUGAUGUCGGAUUUCGUUUCUAGGCAACGGCGGCUUUCUAUGUUUACCGAAUCCCGGAGCACGGAUGCUCUGCUAUGUUUCUUGGAAGGACUAAGGUGGAGGAUGCGACUAAUACCCCUUGCCGCAGUGCAUUUAAACACUAAGACUGCAGGACGGACCAAAUUGACCCAGUUCGGAAUUUUUAUUUUGCAAGUAUUCAAAUUAUGAAGGCACGUUUGCGAAAGAUUUUUUAUUAAAUUUGUGUAUUUGCGCAGAUGCAAGAUUAGUCGGCUUUUCAAAUCUCAAGAAAUGUAUUGUUCUAAUUUUUAUAGAAAAUUGGAAAUUAGGCACUUUAAUUGCUCGGUAGUUUUAGUGCCAAACCUGAUGUCGCUGUUAUAAACGUGGGAGUUACAUUGUUGUUCCGAAUGGGACUCGGAAUAGUGAAGCCCGAAAAAGGCGGAAUCACCUUUUUCCCCCACUCCGCCUUACCUCUUCCACUACCUCAUUCCCCGUCAGCGGAUAUCCCCCGACACCAUCGCAACUACCACAGAACGCUGCGGUAAUGCCAAAGAGAGGGUAACUGCAAUCGCCUUAAUUUUCCUGAUCUAGCCGCACCGACUCGGACAACUCUUGGAGUAAGAGAGGGAUCCGACUGAUCAAGAAUUAAUUCUUAGAGGAGAGUCAGUUCGACACCCCUACUCUACAUGAUCUCAUACAUAUUUCAUCGAUUCCACCAUAAAAAGAAGUACGUUCGAUAUAAAUAACAUGUAGAUGGUAAUAAUAAUUUGAAAAGGAAAAGCAGGGGUGACGUUAAUCCAGAUAAAAAUAUCUAAUGCUAAAAGCGCGCACUAGUGAUUUAAUUGUUAUCUUUAUUAUAAAGUUUCUGAUUUAGAGUUGAUCUGUACUAUCGGUCCGCUUAGAGUCUGCUCAAUAUUCUUUCAAUGCUUUUGGUGAACGAACGUAAAAUGAAAUCAGACUGGGAUUCAUAGUGUGCACACAUGCGUUGUAGAGAAUUGAAAGAUAUUUGAUCGAAUCGUGAGUGGAUCGAGAGUUGACCGAUAGUGUGAAUCGACGCUUGAACAGUUACUCGCGUUUCGAUUUAUGCAUAUAUUAAUGGUUUCAAUUGCUUUUUGCACAGCACCUCUGCUCAUUAUAUUAUGUUUUGAUUAUUACUAUCAUAUUUGUUACUAUACAUAAGUAUUGUAUGUAUUUGCUGGUUUAGUUAAAGAUGCCAAGAGGUUGUUAAAUAAUAAAGAAAUGGUAAAACUAAUUGGUUAUAAGGAGGUCAAAGCACAUCAUUUUAUAAACAAUUUUAUGAAAUUGCGUGAUUUAUAUGGAAAAAGUACGUAAGAGAUUGACGUAGGAAACUGACGAAAAGAAAAAUUUCAUUAAUACUUCAAAAUGUAACAGUGGAAAGUAGAUUAACGGGAGAAAUAAAAGCUAAAUCAAAUCUUAAGAUGUCGAAAUGGCGUAUACAACAAAUAUUGUAAAAUAGAAAACACAUCGUAUGGAGAAAAAAAGGUUUCAAAUUUGCCUUUAACAUAACAACAUAAACAACCAAUACAUAAUUUCGCUAAAACUCGAUUUGGCAUUGCAUUUUCCUCAAAUCAUUCCAAUAAAAUUUAGACACGCCUGACCCAUCCUAGUUAAAUUUUUUCUUUGUUCAAGAAAAUGAUGUUUUUCCAUUCAUUAUUUCGAGGUAUGUGAAUUUUAACAAUAUUAAGUUUUGAUUGUCUUCAUUUCCGUUUUCGGUCUCGUUUCAUUCGGGCGGACAUUUCAGAAAUUACAUCUUAAUGAAUUCUUUAAUUCAUCAGUAACAUUCAAAAUUGUGUAUUAAAAGUUGCUAGUGCGCGCACGGCCGUAGCCACUAGGAAGUCGGCGCGAUCAAUUUCUUUUUGUUGACUACAUAGAGCGUUUAUGCAAAAUAUCCAUGUCGCCCACACUUCGAUAUAACUUGCGACAAAUAGUUUGAAGAGAAAGAGGGGCAGAGAGAAUUAUGCUUUCGAUGUUGCUGUUGUAACUUGACUUAAUGUUAGUUAAAAGAAACUGAAGAGAAGUCGAAGCGUAUUAAAGUCGAGAAACAUGCUGAUUCGCAAAGCGAUGGUGUUUAAUGGUCGGUCUUGUAAUUGAGACAUAUCUCGAGAUUAAUUUCGAUCUCGGACAAUCCUCCGAUCGUGAUUCUCAACUAUUGACAUCGGAAGUGUUGAAACUAAUUGUAAGAUACGUUUUAGCAUAACAUACAACGCGACGAAAAUGAAAUAUAUGAUUACGCUGACCGAAAAUAAAAAUCCGUGACUGUCCCACCUGAUCCUCCAAAAAAAUAAGUCUGUGUAUAAACGGAAACUAAUUUGUAAAGACAUAAUGUAUAUGUAAUUUGUAAAAACUUAAUGUAUAAUGUAAUAUAUAAUAUCAAAGAAUAUAAAGAUAAAUGGAAUUAACCUGAAUAUCGAGUAAAAGUGUAAAAUAUUAAAUAAUACCAUUGUUUGUUUGUGUUUCUACAUGAACCAUAUCUAAAUGGCUCAAACUGAAGGAAAGCUACAU